CCCCCCCCCGCUCCCCUCCCCCCUCAGCAUCCCCGCCUGUCUCCGUCUCCAGGCCGGUGCGGUGCUCCGGGCCGUGCCGGGCCGUGCUCCAUGGGGGAGAGCAUGGCGGAGGAGACCCGGGUCGUCUACCACCUGGAGGACCAGGAGACCCCGUAUCUGAUCCGAAUCAACGUGCCCGCGCAGCGCGUCACCCUGGCGGACUUCAAACAGGUCGUGAACAAGCCGAACGUCAAAUUCUUCUUCAAGAGCGUGGACGACGACUUCGGGGUGGUCAAAGAGGAGAUCAGUGAUGAUGACGCCAGGCUGCCGUUUGUAAAUGGACGAGUCGUCUGCUGGCUCGUGUCUUCAGACUCCUGUCAGCCUGAUUUCAGGGGCUCAGAUCUUCAGUCUCUAGCUACGCCCACCAGUGUGGCCCCGCCCCCUGUAGAGAGGACAGGUGGGAUUGGAGACUCCAGACCUCCGUCCUUCCAUGCUGCAGUUGUGGGCGGUCAAGACGACCUGCAGGACACACACAGAAAGGAGGGAGAGAGUGACCCAGGUGGGCAUCUGAAUGGACACGCCCAAAAACCAGCUGACAAGAAUGCGGUGGAACCAGUAGGCGGAGGCGACAGCUCGUCAACGCAGCAGAGCAGCCAAUUAGAGACGACCAGUUUCUGCUCCUCUGAGGAAGACUCAGGAGGAAGGUUCAGCCAAUCAACAGGCCAGAGCAGUUCCUCCCCACGACUCAUCAGGCGACAACGCCGCCGCCAUCGAAAAGCCAAAACACAGCGGAUGGAGAGGUCGGUGUCUUUCAGCAGUGUCACUGACUCCACCAUGUCGCUGAACGUCAUCUCUGUCUCUCUGAACAUGGAGAGGUAUAACUUCCUGGGGAUCAGUAUUGUAGGUCAGAGUAAUGACAGAGGAGAUGGAGGGAUUUAUAUCGGCUCCAUCAUGAAGGGUGGAGCGGUCGCGGCAGAUGGACGCAUCGAACCUGGCGACAUGUUACUACAGGUAAACGAUAUAAACUUUGAGAACAUGAGUAAUGACGACGCUGUGAGAGUGCUGAGAGAGAUCGUUCAUAAACCAGGCUCAGUGACGUUGACAGUUGCUAAGUGUUGGGAUCCAAGCCCUCGAGGUUGUUUCACGUUGCCAAGGAGUGAGCCUGUCCGUCCCAUCGACCCCGCUGCCUGGGUGUCACACACAGCCGCCAUGACAGGGAGGCUCCUCCCACACUACGGUGUACAGGAAGAAAACCCCCUGACCAUCCACAGCGACAUGACUGAUGUGGUGAGGGCGAUGGCCAACCGGGAGUCCGGCCUGGAGGUUCGAGACCGGAUGUGGCUUAAGAUCACCAUCCCCAAUGCCUUCAUCGGUUCGGACGUGGUUGACUGGCUACACAGGAAUGUUGAAGGUUUCACAGAUCGACGAGAAGCUCGAAAGUACGCAGGGAACUUGCUGAAGGCGGGCUACAUCCGCCACACGGUCAACAAGGUGACCUUCUCUGAGCAGUGCUACUAUGUUUUCACAGACCUGUGUGCAGGUCUGGGAGUUCUGUCUCUGUUGGAUGACGAUGGCGGAGGAGGAGGGGGUUCAGACUGCAACCCGCUGGCCCCGCCUCCAGGCCCCCAGCAGCCUCCAGCCUUCCCCUACCAAUACCCUGUCCCUCACCCCUACAGCUCACAUCCCCCCCUCACCCAGCUGACCACCUGGGGGGGAGGAGGAGGAGGAGGAGGAGGAGAGGGGAGUCAGCACAGUGAAGGAGAGCGAGGUGCUGAUGGAAGCAGUGGGUCGGACUGUAGUGACGGUCAGAAGGACCGAGGACUAGGCAGCCAAUCAGAGCCUACCACACAGGAAGCAGGUGCUCCGUCUGACAAACAGCUGACUGAAUUGCUGUCUAGCAACAACAGCAACCUGAAACCUCCCAGCUCCUUCUCUGGUCACCAUGGUAACAAGGACUCUGAAGACCUGGCUCCGUUGCAAGGUCGAGGUCGCCAUCGUGACCUCGCCGCCGCCCGCCAGUCCUUCUGCCUGGCCAUGGGAAACCCCAGUGAUUUCUUUGUGGAUGUCAUGUGAUCAAUUUGAUGAUGUCACAUCCUGUCAGGUGACCUGUCCCGAUUUCUAAAAAAAGAAGUUUGGAGUGACGACAGAAACAUUUGUUUGAUGUUUGAACUCUUUCAGGUUCGUUUCAGUCUGUGAGCGUUCACCGUCAUCCUGAGCAUGGACAAUAAAGUUUAACCAAAACCACACGUCCAGUUUUGAACUUUGAACGUAUGAAAGCAGAUACAGGACCCUGGAACAUGUGACUCUGUGGCGUCCUCUGAAUCCUCCAGGAUGACAUGCAGAGACUCAAGACACUCGGACCUGUCACAGGUUUAUAUCAGCGACAUGUAGCAGCAAAGACACGACAGGUUGACAGUGCAGGGGAUACCUGAGGCCAGAUCAUUAUCUGUAUAUAAAGAUAGACGACGGGGCACCGCCUCCUCUCAUUUUAGAAAAAAGACGCUGAAAUAUCUCAAACACACCUUUACCUACCAACAGAUUUAAAACAUGGAAAUGUAAAAAUCAAACCAUAUCAAAACCUGUUUGAUACCACGUCAACAGAAAUAGAAAUCCAAGGCAACAAUGAUUGAGUAUUUUUUUGUUACCGAAAAUUGCAGAAAAUCUCCACAAAUUGUCUUAAUUGUACAAAAAGGUAAGAAAGUUUUAUAAAAGAGGGCGGGGCUGGAGAGGAGUGAGGCACACCCUCCUCUUGUUAUACAUUAUGUGGGUUAGAGGUGUGUUCAGGUAAAUUCAGGGAUUCAAAGGCUCCUGUGAUACAUUGUUCACUGUUUGAGAGCCGUCUGAAAGCAGCUAAGGCACAACCAAUCAGACAAGUUCAGCCCUGCAAGCCCCGCCCGCAGAGUUUCUGUACUUUAAAAAGUCCUACAUCCAGCCUCUAAUUUGACCUUGUAACUUACUUUGUGGACACACAGAGUAGCUCACAAAGUUUCCUCGAUAAAGGUCUUUGAUAACGUCUCUUUUAAAUUGAUAAAAUCUGUUAUUUCAAAGGAGCAGUAUGUAACUCUGCCCCCUAGUGUUUAAAAUGUGUACUGCAGUCUAAAUUCUAAACAUCAUAGAGAGCUGUCCCCCCCCCCCCCCUCCUCUCUAGAGUCCAUGCUCACACAGGUCACCAUGUGGUGGACUCUGAAGCUUCAGUGUUUAUCCAGCUCUGCAUGGGUCUGUAAACCUUUCUGUGUUCUAACCUCUCUCCAUUUUUCAAAAGCAUCUCCAAUAUUGAUCCUAGUUUGAGCACGUUUCUGCUCGUGGAGCUUAUUAGAAACAUGCAGAGGCUUUUUAGGUCGGGUACAAUCACUUCUAUCUGAACCACUUCUCUUGACCGCUUCCAUCGCUGCAACACCUGUUGACCUGAUAACUGCUCUCAUAUCUGGCAAACAGAGGGUCGUCCAAAACGGCCGUGUGGGGGCGUGUCUUAAAAGCGCCUACCUUCUCUGGUCCAAACAAAUCCAGAGCAUUCAGGAGCAGAAUCUAAAGUUAGAAGGAGGACAUACUGACUGCUGCAUUGUUGUCAGAGAAGCCAGCACUUCAACAUGUUUCCUUAAUGAUCAGAUAGUAAGAUACCUUUAUCAUCUCACUCUCUACACAACUCACUGAUUGGACCUUUAAUGAUUGAUAGUAAUAAAAAGUACAGAAGCUUUAAGAACAUUUUAUUUCAUAAGACAGGUAGAGGAAUCAAUCCUUCACCCUGUGCAGGAGUUUGUCUGCAAAUGUUGGUUAUUAAAACUAUAAAUUAAUCAACAUUGGGACUUCUAUUCUAGUUUCCAUGGUUUCAAACAGGUACGGAUAUCGUUUAGAUAACUCUGGUAUCAUGAAAACAUUAGUCACCUGUGGACUAGUCCAGGUCUCAGGAAGAGGAAGCUUCUUCACCUCAUUGUUUACCUGAUCCCUCUCUUCUUCCCCCUCUCACACCUGUUCUUACCUGAUGAGGAUCACACUGUGCACACCUGACCUCCUCCACCUGAGCACACAUUAAAGAUGAUUUAUACUCAAACAU